AUGGCCUCCAUUGGGCUUCCUGUUCCGCCUGGCUUCACCCUGACCACGGAGGUCUGCACGCACUACUACCAGAAUGACUGUCAGUAUCCUGCAGAACUCAAGCAGCAGGUGUCGAAGGCACUAGCUCUGGUUGAGACAAGGACCGGGCGGAAAUUCGGGGACGCCACGAAUCCUCUGCUGGUUUCGGUCCGCUCGGGUGCUCGGGCCUCCAUGCCUGGCAUGAUGGACACCGUGCUUAACCUCGGCCUGAACAACACGACUGUGGAGGCGCUGGCCAAGCAGUCGGGAGACCGGCGCUUUGCAUUCGACAGCUACCGGCGCUUCGUCCAGAUGUACUCAGAUGUGGUGCUGGGUAUCGAGCUUGGCAACUUCGAGAAGCUUCUGGAGAGGGCCAAGGCCAAGCGAGGCGUGAGCUUGGGUGGAACUGAGGUGAAGCAAGAUCACGAGCUCCUGCCAGAAGACCUGGAGCAGUUGGUCAAAAACUACAAGGCCUGUGUCUACUUGGAGCUCGGGGAGGAGUUCCCCGAGGAGCCGCAUCAGCAACUCUGGGGUGCCGUGGGCGCCGUCUUUGGCUCCUGGAUGAACCAGAGGGCCAAGACCUACCGGAAGCUGCACGACAUCCCCGAGGACCCCUUGAGAGGUUUGCGCUUCUUUCGCAGCUCCCGGGCUCUGCCAGAUUGCUGUCAGGAGUGGGGCACGGCUGUGAACGUUCAGGCGAUGGUCUUUGGCAACAUGGGCAACGACUGCGCCACGGGAGUCGCCUUCACGCGCAACCCCUCCAACGGUGCCAAGGAUUUCUAUGGAGAGUUCCUGGUGAAUGCUCAGGGCGAGGAUGUCGUGGCGGGCAUCCGGACGCCCCAGGAGCUGACGAUCAAAGCUCGCAAGUCGCACGGCAGCGACUUGCCAUCGCUGGAGGAGGUGAUGCCGAGCAUAUUCCAGGAGUUGGAGAAGGUGCGCCACCAGCUGGAGAACCACUACACGGACAUGCAGGACAUCGAGUUCACCAUCCAGCAAGGCAAGCUGUACAUGCUCCAGACCCGCACGGGGAAGCGGACGGCCCACGCAGCCUUGCAGAUUGCGGUGGACAUGGCCGCCGAAGGGCUGAUCAGCAAGUCGCAGGCUCUCAUGCGCCUGAAGCCGGAUCUCAUCGACCAGAAAGCUUCGACGUGUGCGGCUGUGGCUGUUCAUGGUAGGAAAGAACGUCGCUUCCAGAAGUUUUCUACGAACCUGCUCGGCGUCGUGCUCGGACAUGGGCUAGCGCCUUGGGCACCAAACAGGCGGACCGUGAUGUUGAUGGUGCUUGGGUCUACCUUUCCAACGUUGCUUGGACUGUGUUGUGAGAUGGUGGGGCCACCAAAGGUGUCCUUCGUUCUCCAGCCUGGCGUCCUCGGAAGGUUGCGUUGUCCUGAUCAGCUCGCUCGACAGCCACAUGAUCCCAGAUUGCGUGAUAAGAUUGAUUGCGCAACCCAGGGACUCGUUGACUCCUUCGAUUGGUUGAAUGAGCUGCGCCACUACUUCACCAUGGAGCAGCAAUGCAAAUGGCCUCGGGAGCACCGCGUCCAGGAGGUUGCAAGUCAGGAGCGUGCUCAGGCAUUGAAGAGUUGGCGCUCUACCGUGCGUGAUUCUGUGCGGAAGCAGUCCAAUUGGGUCAAGAGGCGAGCUGCGUUGAAGUGUGACCUGGUGUCUCCGAAGAUCUCUGAUUGCGCCGUCCUUAGUCGCAGGGCGGUGCGCCCUGUGGAGAUGAUCCGUCAGGUUGAGCGCUUCCUUGCCUUACCUGCCCCAUUCUGGCAGGUCUGCGAAGCUGGAGUGGUGCUGAUUGCCAAGCACUCUGGCGGCCAGAUGCCCCGCGUCCCAUUAUACGAAGACUCGGACGAGCACGUGUGUUUUGAUGCAAUUGGUGCUGAUUUAUUCGUUGAUGAUCGGCCCGCCGUCCUGUUGACCUUAUGCAAAGACUGUAUUCCAGCCUCUGCCAAGAAGACCGUCAUUGCCAAGGGCCUGCCAGCCUCGCCAGGGGCGGCUGCCGGCAAGGUGGUUUUCACGGCCGACGAGGCGGUGACUCGCUCGGAGAACGGAGAGAAGGUGAUCUUGGUGCGGGUCGAAACGAGCCCAGACGACAUCCAUGGACUGCAUGCGGCAGAGGGCGUUUUGACAACUCGCGGCGGCAUGACCAGCCACGCAGCCGUGGUGGCGCGCGGCAUGGGCAGACCUUGCGUGGCAGGCGCCGGGGAGGUGAAGGUCAACUACGCCUCGGCCUCCUUCGAGGUGGGCGACGUGGUCGUCAAGGAGGGCCAGCUGGUCACCAUUGACGGCGUCACAGGAGAGGUGAUGCUUGGAGAAGUCCCCACGGUGCCGCCGCAGCUUUCCGGCUCCUUCGGCACCAUCAUGGCUUGGGCAGACGAGUUCCGCACCAUGCAGGUCAGGGCCAAUGCCGAAACGCCGACAGACGCGCGGCAGGCCAAGGAGUUCGGGUGCGAAGGGAUUGGCCUCGUGCGCACGGAGCACAUGUUCUUCGAGGGGGGCCGGAUCGUGGCACCUGGGCUGCCAGCCAUGCGGCAGAUGAUCUUGGCCGCGGACAAGGCGGAGCGCCAGUCGGCUUUGAACAAGCUCCUGGCGAUGCAGCGCGAAGACAUCACCGAGCUCUUCAAGAUUAUGGACGGCCUUCCGGUGACGGUCCGUUUGCUGGACCCUCCCUUGCAUGAGUUCAUCCCGCACACCGAAGCCGAGAUGGGCCUUGUGGCAAAAGCAGCCGGGGUGCCUUUGGAUCGCGUGCGCCGGCGCGCGAGCGAGCUGCAAGAGGCCAACCCCAUGCUCGGGCACAGAGGCUGCCGCCUGGCCAUCACGUAUCCGGAGAUCUGCGAAAUGCAAGCUCGGGCCAUCUUCGAGGCGGCCGCGGAGGUCGGGCGCAGCGCCAAGAAGACCCCGGUGGCCGAGGUCAUGGUGCCCCUGGUCUCCACUCUGGAGGAGCUGGUGCAGCUGAAGAAGGUCAUCGAAGACACUGCCAAGCAGGUGCAGAAGGAGCAGGGCGUGAACUUCAGGUAUCACGUCGGAACCAUGGUGGAGCUGCCCCGCGCAGCACUGCAGGCUGGCAAAUUGGCAGAGCAGGCGGAGUUCUUCAGUUUUGGCACCAAUGAUCUGACCCAGACCACGUAUGGCUUGAGUCGUGAUGAUGCCGGGUCCUUCCUGCCUGAGUACAAAGCGAAAGGCAUCGUGGAAACGGACCCAUUCGUGAGCUUGGACCAGGAGGGCGUUGGCGAGCUGAUCAAGAUUGCGGUGGAGCGGGGCCGCGGAAAGCGCGCUGGCAUGAAGAUGGGCAUCUGCGGCGAGCACGGCGGUGAUCCAGCUUCCAUUGAGUUCUGUGAGAAGACGGGCUUGGACUACGUCUCGUGCUCCCCCUUCCGUGUGCCCAUUGCCCGCCUCGCUGCCGCGCAGGCUGCCUUGAAAUCGCAGGGCGAGAAGGCUCUCCAAGCUUCCACGAAGGCUGCCAAGCCCAGGCAGCAACAGUUUGGCCCCUGGUGA